AUGCAUUUCAAGUCAUACUUGACGGCGGCCCUCUACGGCCUGCCUGCUCUCACCCAUGCGGCACCCUCUCCCGCCCCUGUCUCCUCCUCCGCUGCUAGCACAACCGAUGAGCACUUCAAGAAGUACACCAUCAAGUCGGAGAACAUCACGGCCACGCUGAUCCCGUACGGCGCGGUUCUGACCUCCCUGCUGGUCCCCGAUCGUCACGGAAAGACUCAGGAUGUCCUCGUCGGCUACGACGACCCGAAGGACUACCUUCACGACAGCCAGACCAAUCGCACCUUCUUCGGUGCGGUUGUCGGUCGCUAUGCGAACCGCAUCAAGAACGGCACUUUCACGAUUGACGGAGAAAAGUACCAGAUUCCGGAGAACGAGAAUGGCGGUCACGACACUCUUCACGGCGGUUUCAUCGGUUACGAUAGGCGCAAUUGGACCGUGACGGCGCAUACCGAGUCGUCCAUCACCUUUACUCUGUACGAUCAGGGCUUUGAGAACUUCCCUGGCGAUGUCAUCUCGCAUGCGACAUACACCGUCUCCACUCACAAGUCUCUUGAGAACCCCAUGGGUCUGCCCCAGCUGACGACUAAGCUCGUAUCAUUGGCACUCACCAAGAAGACCCCCAUCAUGCUUGCCAACCACCUCUACUGGAACUUGAAUGCGUUCAAGGAGCCUACCGUCCUGAAUGACACCACCCUGCAACUCCCUCUGUCAACUCGCUUCAUUGAGGGUGACGGAAUUCUCAUCCCCACUGGAGAGAUCGGUGAGGUGUCCACUGCUUACGAUGGCGCGCUGGACUUUACCCAGCCCAAGCUCGUCGGCAAGGACAUUGACAAGACCACUGGUCUGUGUGGUACCGACUGCACUGGUUACGACACCUGCUGGAUCGUGGACCGCCCCGCGGCCUACGCGGCUCAGGACUCUGUGGUCCCCACCGUUCGCGUGGCUUCCGAGCGCACCGGUAUCUCUUUGGAGAUCGCCACCAACCAGGCUGCCAUGCAGGUCUACUCCUGCAACGGUCAGAAUGGAUCAAUCAAGACCAAGCAGACCCAGGCCAAGCGCAACAAGGACCAAGACGGACACGAGCCUCAGUGGGGUCGUCGCGGUUACCAGAUUGCUGGUCCCGAGGAUGGCCCGGUCGUCAACUUUGCCACUUACCAGUUUGGUACCUUUUAA